GUGUGACCCCGCCGCCGCCGCUCCAUCCGGUGACGUAUUUCCGGCCAGAGUACAGAGCGGCAGACAUGGGUCAAAGCCAGAGCGGCAGCCAUGGCCCAGGGGGCGGGAAGAAGGACGACAAGGAUAAGAAGAAGAAGUAUGAGCCGCCAGUCCCCACCAGAGUCGGGAAGAAGAAGAAGAAGACAAAGGGUCCAGAUGCUGCCAGUAAACUUCCCCUCGUUACCCCACAUACUCAGUGCAGGCUCAAGCUGCUGAAGCUGGAACGUAUUAAGGACUAUCUCCUCAUGGAGGAAGAGUUCAUCAGGAACCAGGAACAGAUGAAGCCGCUGGAGGAGAAGCAGGAGGAGGAAAGGUCCAAGGUGGAUGACCUGCGAGGAACCCCGAUGUCUGUUGGCACCUUGGAGGAGAUCAUUGAUGAUAAUCAUGCCAUCGUGUCCACAUCGGUGGGAUCUGAGCACUAUGUCAGUAUCCUUUCCUUUGUGGACAAAGACCUGCUGGAACCGGGGUGCUCCGUCCUACUGAACCACAAGGUUCAUGCUGUGAUCGGGGUGCUCAUGGACGACACAGACCCCUUGGUGACUGUGAUGAAGGUGGAGAAAGCCCCUCAGGAAACCUAUGCUGAUAUCGGAGGGCUUGAUAAUCAGAUUCAGGAAAUCAAGGAGUCUGUGGAGCUUCCUCUCACCCAUCCAGAGUACUAUGAGGAGAUGGGCAUUAAACCACCUAAAGGAGUCAUUCUGUAUGGACAGCCUGGCACAGGAAAAACUCUCUUGGCUAAAGCCGUUGCCAACCAGACCUCUGCCACUUUCCUGAGGGUGGUGGGCUCGGAGCUGAUCCAGAAAUACCUGGGUGAUGGGCCCAAACUGGUGCGUGAGCUGUUCAGAGUGGCUGAGGAACACGCACCGUCUAUAGUAUUUAUUGAUGAGAUUGAUGCCAUAGGCACAAAGAGAUAUGACUCUAACUCCGGUGGGGAGAGGGAGAUUCAGAGAACGAUGUUGGAGCUCCUCAACCAGCUGGACGGGUUCGAUUCCCGGGGUGAUGUCAAAGUCAUUAUGGCAACAAACAGGAUAGAAACACUGGACCCAGCAUUAAUCAGACCAGGCCGUAUUGACCGAAAGAUUGAGUUUCCUCUGCCGGAUGAGAAGACCAAGAAAAGGAUCUUCCAGAUCCACACGAGCCGCAUGACGCUCUCCACCGAUGUCACCCUAGAUGAUUUGAUCAUGGCCAAAGAUGACCUGUCUGGAGCAGAUAUUAAAGCUAUAUGCACGGAGGCCGGGCUGAUGGCUCUCCGGGAGCGGAGGAUGAAAGUUACCAACGAAGAUUUUAAGAAAUCAAAAGAGAACGUCUUGUACAAGAAGCAGGAGGGCACCCCGGAGGGGCUCUACCUUUAAUUUUCUUUUCUUGAAAAUUUUUCUUUUGUAAUAUGUCACUGGAUGAGGGAGAAUUGUCUGUAGCCGGGAGCGGUUGCCUCUAGCUUAGCUACCCCACCUGUUGGACUGUUACUCUCAUCAUCCCCAUACACGAUGGUGUGUCCUUCCACAAACCGGAAGAAAACUGAGUCUUCAUUAGCACUGUGGUGUGACGUUCAGAGAAGGAGCAUUGUGUCCCUCAGCCAUGAGCUAGCAUGUCUGACCCCGGGGUGUUAUACAGUCGGCCUAUUGUGGCUGCUGGAGGUUGUGCUAAAUAAAAUAAAUUUAAAUGCA